AUGACCUCAGGAACAGACUCCAGUAACCCCAAGGAAUCCGAGCUUGCCGACCGGCCAUCUUCCAUGGCUGCAGCAGCAUUUCUAGGAAUUGCAUGGUACAUCUGCAUUGAGUUAAACAUCCGCCUGCUCUACAGGGCGACACGUCGAAGCCUUUACUUCUGGAGCUGCUUGCUCUGCAGUUGGGGUCUUAUCGUCCACGGCAUCUCGAUUGUCCUAGCCAACUUCAACAAAUGGACAUCCUACUCAGCCAUCGUCUUCAUCUACCUCUCAUGGCUCGUCUUCGUCGUCGCUCAGUCCUUUGUUCUCUACUCACGCCUCGGCCUCCGCCACCCACGCUUCAGCGCACGACUCGAGAAGGCCAACCUGAUCUGGGACAAAGUACAAGUCGGCGCUUUCUUCACCCAAGAAUGCAUUAUCGGAAUGCUAUACAUCUGGCAAACAUCGAAGUACUUCCAGAGCCUCGAGCUCCUCGGCAAUAGUCGUCGCACCACUCGAGACAACCUCCGCAAUCUCAUCGCUGUCAACGUCCUCAUAAUCAUGCUCGAUGCCAGCGUCCUGGGCUUAGCCUAUAGCGGUCGCUUCUUCAUGCAGGGCUUCUAUAAGGUCGCUGUAUACGCUGUUAAGCUGCGCACGGAGUUUACCAUACUGAAUCAGCUGAGACAGGCGCUUGCGGGUGGAUCGACAGGUGCGUCGGGAUUUGCUGUGCAGACCGACCAGAGACCUAUCGUGAUGGCUCCUCUGAAGUCAAACGACGCGGUGGAGGUGGUUGAAUAA